CGCGCGCGUCGGCGGGGGCGGAGCUGCCGGGGCUGCGCGGCGCGUCCCCGUUCCCCGCCCGCCCGCCGGCUGCCGGCCGGAGUCCGCCGCCUGUGCCCCGGCGUCCGGGCAGGACGCGGAGGAGCCAUGAGCCGCCGGGCUGGGAGGGUGGCGGCGCUGCUGCUCGGGCUGCUCCUGGAGUGCACAGAAGCCAAAAAACAUUGCUGGUAUUUUGAAGGACUGUAUCCAACAUACUACAUAUGCCGCUCCUACGAGGACUGCUGCGGCUCCCGGUGCUGCGUGCGGGCCCUGUCCAUACAGCGGCUGUGGUACUUCUGGUUCCUGCUGAUGAUGGGCGUGCUCUUCUGCUGCGGCGCCGGCUUCUUCGUCCGGAGGCGCAUGUACCCACCGCCGCUGCCCGAGGAGCCCGCCUUCAACGUGUCCUACACCAGGCAGCCCCCCAGCCGCGCCCCAGGAGCCCAGCCGCCGGGGCCGCCGUAUUACACUGACCCCGGAGGACCGGGGAUGAAUCCUGUCGGGAGCACCGUGGCAAUGGCUUUCCAGGUCCAACCCAACUCACCCCAGGGGAGCAUGGCCUGCCCUCCCCCUCCUUCCUACUGCAGCACGCCGCCUCCCCCCUACGAACAGGUGGUGAAGGCCAAGUAGCAGGCGCGGCCGCGUGCGGAGAAGAGACGGGGGAGGGCUUCCCACCAGCCUCUCCUGUCCCCAUUGAUGUUCACAUCUGGAGAUGGCCUGAUGAGCCACUAAGGCAGAUUCCUCUUCGAUAUCUUCAAGGCAAGCACAGCUCCCUUUCAAGUUUUCCAUGGAGGAUAGUAUUUGAACUCACGCUGUCUCCUCUGUUCCUUCUGUUUCUGAUGUAGUCUGUUCUCUCUGGCAGAGUGUGGUGACAGUCCCCAGGGGCUGUCGUUCUUAGGGUGGCACGACCACAUCCCCAGGAGGGGGACUCAGAGGAAGAGGAGGGCAGAGCGGGGAGGUCAGGUGACAUGGAGGAGCCAGGCCCAGGCGGCGUCCCCCUGUCAGAUGCAAAGCCCCCCGCACGCAGCAGGCAGCGUGGCCCAGGCAGGUCAGCUGCGCCGGCCCGUCCUCCCGUCAGUCUUCCUCUCCCGGGAGCCGCCAGAGACAUUCAGGGGAGAGCCAGCACCCUGAAGGUCACAGCCUGGUGACGGGCUUCCCUCGGCUCCACCAGGGCAGGGCAGAGUGUGCAGCAAUCCUGGCACGGUGAGGCCCGGAGCCAGGCCGAGCUGACGUCCGUAUAUCCGAAGAUCACUAAGGAAAGCUGUUUAAAUUCAGGGGAAAUCGCUUCCUGCUCCAAACUGGGACGCUGCGUUUUAUGAGUUCUUGGUCUGACUUGGAAAACAAAUGUUGCCCCCUUUUUAGUGUUCAUAGAAGUGUGUAGUGUCCUGUCCUUCGAGGUCAGACUGGGAGUGUCUCUUCCCUGGCUGUCGCUGCCUCCCCGGUGUUCUCGGGCCCAGAGGGCUUCCGCACCCCCCACGCCCCGAGGCAGCCCUGGGGGGCGUCUGAUGGGCUCUCAUGGCAGAGGGAGAGGCCCGAGAGGCACCUUUAGCAGGGAGUUGUGUUCUGCCACGUAGUUAGUAGUGUUGAUGUGUAUUUAAACCCAGCUUGAGACCUAUGUCGUGUGAUACUAAGAGCAAAGCCGUGUGGCCCAGGGGCCCAGAAUACUGUACGUGUAGUUUUGUGGGGAAGGGGGUGGGGGGCACUUAGUGUUUAAAUGAACUAAUCGGAGCCUCUUGAGGAAUUGUUACUCGUUGAACUGGAGCAUCACGACAUCUCCCCCGAGGGGAUGUGGAAUGUCUUCGGUUUCCCCAGACCAGGACGUCUGUUGUCCACACUCUGCCUGGGCAUUUAUGUGGGGCGGGGUGAGGAACUCGAGGGCAAAGUAACCGCUUGGACUUACGUUCCUCUGAGGACGUAGAAUCUGAGAGCUCCAGGGAGUUCCGAGGGAAAUGCUCGGGAACAAGAGGAGCAGCCUUGGACACACGGUUUGUGCACACGGAUGCCGCCACAGGCGUCUCUGGACGUCCUCGUGUGACCUCUGACCUCGUGUCCCAGCGGCAAGACCUCCCUAGGCUCCAGGCCUUGAUUUAAAUGAGACAACAAAGCACAACUUUUGCUGUUUACAGUGGAGACAACUACACGGGUCCAAAAUGAUUCUCCUCUUCCAGGUCAUUCGUUCCACGUUUUUAACUUCAGUCUCUCCCUUUGCUCUUUUUAAUGAAGAAGCACACUAAGAGCUGCCCCUGGAAUUGGGUCGGUCACAGCCGAAGAGGCAUAUAAAUGUCCAGGACUAAACUUCGUUCAUCUUUCUGAUAGCAAAUGAGCUCAAGCGACCGAAUGAUGGGUGGGGCUCACCGAUUUUACAUUCCCAUGUUUGUGUAAGAUACAUUUUGUUGUCCCCUGAACCCAGUUAGAAUCCUGCUGCGGUGAACACUGAAACCGUAGUGGAAGUCCUGCUUCUGGGGACAUUGCCGUCGUCGUUUCCUUUGUGCUGUUGGUGGGUCUCGGCCCCCUCUUAGAGGGAGUCCCGCUCCUGUGUGUGGGUGUCCCGUGGAGUCGGGGUUCGGAGUGAACUUGAAGCAGACCUGUGCAUGCUCCCUGUGCAACACCUGGAUCACUUCUCUGUUCCCUUUUGAUAGGGUCCUGUUUCCUACGUACGCCAAAUAAAAAUAAAUUUGGGCA